AUGAAUAAUGAUCAAUCAUUAGAAGACAUUGACUAAUUUAUUCAUUCUUAUGCACCGCAACAGUCUAUCCCAAAUAUUCUUUCGCAAGCCAUCACGUAAGAUUAACUUCUGGUCCAAAAUGUAAGGUUAUUACAACAAUUGCAUGAACAACAAUCGAUUUUGAAUCUUUAAAGUUUAAUGUUCCUCAAUCCAAUGGUGCAAACAUAAGUGAACCACGAAAGUAAGAAGAUAAAAAAAACAAAUAAAAGCAUCUAAGUUAUCCCCUCUACGACAAAUGUAAAGGAAAAUGCACAGCAUCUCUUAGAAAUUAAAGGAAAUGUCAAAAAUGCAUAUAUAAAGAAAAUAACUUCGUUGUUGAGUGUGGAGGGUGACAAAUUGCUUGAUGAUGACUUUCAAGAGGAUCUGGAAAUUGAGAGUUGUUCCGACCUCCACAAGUAGGAUAAAUUGAGUGGACUGUUGAACUCUAACAAUGACUAAACUCAAGUGAAACAAAAAGGAAGGUAAAGUGCCAAAAUGUCAAGACUUCGUAAAAAAGUGUAUCUGAAACUUUUGGAGAAGAAGGUUUCAGAUCUGGAUUAGCAGAUAUCGGAAUACAAGAAAACAACCCGGCAAUCCUUUGAAUAUUUGACUCAAAUCUUGCAAUCGCAUCCCAUCCUCAAUAGCAUGAUAAUAGGGAAUUCGGCGGCAAUUGAUUAGGUAAUGGAAUGCUCAUCUCCAGAGUAAGCCCAAUUGAUCCUCGACUCCUAUAUUAUGAGAUAUGGCAUAUGUGGAAUCAAGAGAAGGGAUUACUUCAAAUAUGCCGUAAAAAAUAUACAGAAGAACUUUUUGAAGGGGAACUAUGGUCUGCUGCUGAUGAGUUGGAAUAAUCGAGUACAUAAUUAUGAUCAAGAGUUUAAUCAGUACGUGGAAAUCGUGAAGGAAGAGGCCAAGUUGGAAGACGAUAAUCAAGUGUAUAAGGUACUGCCUACAGUUGAUCGGAUGCUGAAUCAUCGAAGAUUGUCCUAAUAGCUAUUGUUGAAAUUCAAUUAGGACAUCAGAAAUUUGAGAUCCCUCCAACAAGAAGUGGAAGAAACAGUAAAUUAAUUUACUUAAAGCUUAAGUCCCACUCAGCAUUUAGAUUUCAUCAAGUUGAUAGAGAAAUAAGGAAGUUUUAAUAGAUAUACCAAAUGAUUAUUAUAAAGUCAUUAAAAAUUUUUGGUUUU